UCCGCCAUUUUUGAUGUUUCGGGCUGUCACUUACCAGGACUAAAGAUGGAGGAAGGAAGUGAUAAGCAAAUUGGAAGUUCCACAAAUGAAGAAGGGAAUGCAAAUGCGGAUUCCCAGCCGGACACCGCCCCAGCCCCGGUAGUUUCACCCAGUGCUGAAGAGCCGCAUAGCGAAACGAAACGCAAGAUUGAUGUCCUUCUGAAGGCUGUUGGGGACACUCCAAUCAUGAAGACUAAAAAAUGGACUAUAGAGAGGACUCGUUCGGUUCAAGGUCUAAUGGACUUUAUAAAAAAGUUCUUGAAGUUGGAUGCUGCUGAACAAAUUUUUAUCUAUGUGAAUCAGUCAUUUGCACCAUCCCCUGACCAGGAAGUAGGAACCUUGUAUGAGUGCUUUGGAAGCGACGGGAAACUGGUUCUACAUUACUGUAAGUCACAGGCUUGGGGAUGAAGAUUUUGUUGCCACAUCUCUGUUUUUGGGGACCAGUCUUCUGAUUGUAAGAAGAACAUCUGUGCAAUUUGCCACUCUAGGCUAUGCUGGAUCCUAGAUAUUGUCUGCCGACCACUGGGUCCAGCUGUAAGACAGCACCCUACAGGAACUGCUGACAGAUUUGCCUUGAUGCUUUCUGCAUUACGUUGUAUAUGACUGUGAUUCAGAAUUAAGUUGAAUAAGCAACAGCUGGAAACAGAUAAUCUUAUGGAAACCACUGGGUCAAUCUGAUUUAAGCCUGGACAUGUGAUUUAUACCUGGUCACUUUACAGCUUUCUCCUGCUGCAAGCGAACAAUUCAUUCACUGGAAGUACUGAGAAUAAACUUUGCUGCCAGGUUUCCUUGGGUUUCAAACCUUUUUUUCCUUUUCAGCCCUUAAUGAAUAGGAUAAUGCUGAGGCCAUACGAGCUGCAGAGUGUCCUUUUGAUCUAUGAUAUAUUGUCAGUUUUCUGUUUUUAUUUUAUUGGAUUAAGGAAUUAGACAUAAGUCUAGUGCAGUCUAUCACUGAUUCCCAUAAAAAUGAAUGGAAAAUGCUCUGCCUGUGGCAGUGAUAGGCAGACCACUUUAUAGAAGUCUGUCUUUCAGCUGUGUUCCACCUGUCAAAUGCCAGGUCUGCAAUAGGCAAAAUGCCUCCCAUACAUCUGUACAUACAUGUUACAGGUGCUUUCUGCCUGAGCAAAGCAGUGGCCAAAGCCAAUUGUGCCAGUGUUCCAUAAAAAGCUUAUAUAAUCCAAAAGGCACUUUAAUUAAACGUUUACUAGCACAUAGUAUAUGUGUUUCAACCUUGUAUGGUGACUUUAAGAUGCACAGCAUUUUUAUAGAAAAAAUAUAGGCCACUUUAACAAAUUCUAAAUAUAUAUAUAUCAUCGUUGAGGAUGAGUCUAGUAAAACAAAGGUUAAUAGCUUUGGACAUCAUCUGUCCUGUACAUCAGCCCUGUGCGGCAGGGCCCCCUACAGGACACAUGCACAGUAAUUGGCUUUGGGCAAUAAACUGGGAAGUUACUCACAAGUCAACAGGAGCCUUUUUAAGGCCACCACAAACAAAAGAAGGACACCUACUAAGAUAUAAUAUCAAUAAAAGCAACAAUGCAAAUUUAAA